AUGAUCGCAAUGUUGAUACUCAUCUUGGGUAUAAUUGCCAUUGUCACCUACACUAUCGAAUGCGUCUUCUCCCACCUUGACGAUCCACGAGAGCCUCGCCGCGUAAGUCCUAGCUUCCCUCUACCUGUCAUCGGCCACUUGCUAGGCUUCGCUCGCCAUGGCUUCGACUACUACAACUACCUCUGCCGAAAUACAAAUUCCGAGAUAUAUACCGUCGGUAUUCUGAAUUUCAAGGUAUACAUCACUAGUUCCCCACGAAUAGCACAGUUAGCGCAAAAGGUAAAGACGCUGUCAUUCACACCACUACUCCAAGUCCAUAACAAGAUCCACGCGGACAUGAGUGAGGAGGCGACUCAGGCUUUCUGUGGAGAUAUCCUAGCCAGCUGGAGUCACUCUGCUAAACAGGCGUUGUCGCCCGGUCCUGCAUUGAAUGCGCAGAACCUCCGGAUGGGAAAUCAGGCGCUUGUUGAGGUGACGAGUUUGUUGAAACAGGAUGAAAUCGAACUGCUUUCUUGGGUAAAGCAUGCGGUUGUCCAGGCCACAGCAGCCGGUCUGUAUGGCAUGCGGCAUCCGCUCAAGGAUCCUACAAUUGAGGAAGCGAUGUGGGUCUGGGAUGAGCACAGGCUCGGCCAUAUGGUGGGAAUAGAUCCCCUGGGCACAGGCUUUAGGGCUCGCGCCAAAGUCUGGGAUGCAUUCCAGAACUACUUCCAGAACGUCCCUGGCGACGUCUCAUUGCUCGUGAAAGAGCGUCAGGAUAUUCUCCUUAAGGCCGGCAUAAGCGAAGCCGAAGCUGCGCGGAUGCAGUCAACGCUCUGCGAUGCCGCGUAUCCAAAUACCGUUCCGACGCUCUUCUGGACGGUGCACGAGAUCUUCUCCCGUCCUGAGCUGCUGGAGGUUGUCCGUCACGAGAUAUACAGCAAUGCCGUUCAAAGGACUGGCACAGGCUUUGUACUUGACGUCGCAGCCCUUAAGAGCAAUUGCCAGGCACUGCUAUCCGCCUACCAAGAGACACAACGAACAAGACACUACCAGGUUGCAUUUCGUGCAAUCACCGAAGAUACCGUACUAGACGGGCAUAUGUUGAAGAAAGGCAACUAUCUCCAAAUCCUAUCCAAGCCAACACACCACAACCCGAAUAUCUGGGGACCCGAUACUAGCAGCUUCGACCCCUACCGCUUCAUACCCGGCGGGACCAAGACGAAAAUCUCCCCGAGCAGCUUCCAGCCGUGGGGGGUCCCGCCUCAUAUGUGUCCCGCGCGCCAGUUUGCCUCUACUGAGAUACUAAUUAUUACGGCCUUGUUAUGCUGCAGGGUUUCUUUGGCCGCGGUGAGCCCAAAAGGCUGGAUUAGGGAGCCUACUCUCAGGUCGAUGGAGAUAGCAUCUUUACCGCGCCCGAAGAAGAAUGUGCGUCUUAGGAUUACGGAGCGUGAUGAUGCAGUUGGGACCUGGGCAAUAACUAUGGGGGAUAGCAAGAUGAGGGUUCCUCUGGCGUCGGGAUGA